GCGAUGUACGUUGAGGUGGAUAGUCGCAAUCAUGCCACCACCCUGACGCACGUUCCCGUAUCCACGGUGCGUGUACGUCGACGACGCAGAGGUGGAAAAUCGAGCCGGAGCCUCCGCAAUAAAACGAAUCUCGCGAGGCAUAGUAUACCUGUUUUAUUGCGGAACGACACGCGAGAACCGGAAGUGACAGGAAGUGUAGGAGAAUUGAGACCAAGGGAAGAGACAACUUUACAGCGACGAUCAGCGUGACACGAUCAUCGUACAACGACCACGACGAAGAUAGGCGGUGAACGAUCGAAAAGGAAGAAGGACCAGGGUCGAGUAGAAACAGAGACCGGUGCGCAACGGUGGAGAGUAACAGAGGAAGCAACGAUCGACGCGUCCACGGUGGCCCAUCGAUGCCGGAGCGUCGAGACGCCACAUCACGGCACGAGGUCCGUUGGUGGUACGCGUAAAACGAGAAGAAACGUGGAGGUGGAAGGAAGGAAGGAUGACGGAGCAACGUUCAGCAGGGAGACGAGGCGCGUGCGAUUUUUGGUAACGGGUCAGCGCGACGACACUAACGAAGACGACGAAGACGAAGACGACGAUAAGGAGCACGACAACUACAACGACUACGACUACGACCACAAUCACGACGAGGAAGAAAAAGAAAAAGGCAAAGAUUACGACGUGGGUGGUGGGGAAAGAAGUUGGUGGUGGAGGAGGAGGAGGUGGUGGAAGACUAGAAAGUGGUGUUAAGAGAUGCAGCAACAGCCAGCGCCGAACGGGGUGGCAGGUGGUGCCGAAUUGCCUCAAACAGGUGGCAUAAGCACUGCCCAACCUGGAGCGACAGGUACCGCCACGGCGGCGUCUAAUCGUGCCCAGGUUAACGGUGGCAGAUUCGAUUUCGACGAUGGCGGCACCUACUGCGGCGGUUGGGAAGAUGGAAAAGCUCAUGGACACGGCGUAUGUACGGGACCCAAGGGCCAAGGUGCAUACUCUGGUAGCUGGCACUUUGGUUUCGAGGUCUCCGGUGUCUACACCUGGCCUAGUGGAUCGGUUUACGAAGGCCAGUGGCAGAAUGGGAAACGCCACGGUCUGGGCAUGGAGACCCGUGGACGGUGGAUUUAUCGUGGCGAAUGGUCUCAAGGAUUCAAGGGUCGAUACGGUGUCAGACAAUCGACCACGUCCACGGCGAGGUACGAGGGCACGUGGGCGAGUGGACUUCAGGAUGGAUACGGUUCAGAGACCUACGCGGACAGUGGCACGUAUCAAGGUCAGUGGUACCACGGCAUGAGGCACGGCUAUGGCGUGAGAGCGAGUGCUCCGUUUGGUUUGGCGAGUCAUUACAAACCGUCAAAGCACGUCAGGGCUUCCUUGACGUCUCUAAGGAGCGCGGACGAUGGCGGGGCAGUGGCACCGACACCAGAACCGACCGACAGAAGGGAUCGUCGUGUUGGUGACAGUAGGGGUGGUUUCGUGUUAAAAGCUAGGAGCGACAAUCCACCAGCAAGAAGAAAGAGUCUCACGGAGAAAUCCUUGAAGAAGGGCAUUCUUUCGGGGCUGAAGAUUCGAAAGCAAAGAAGUACAGGUGAUCUAGAGAAACAUGGUACUGGAGGCAGUAUUAGGAGUAAUGCUAGCUCGGCAUCGUGGAUGUCGACAGAAAGCUCGCAGAGUCAGGCUUCGGCAUCUGUUCAUACGGACAGCAAUGCUUCCUUCGUCAUCGAGGACGAACAAAUGGACGCCUCGGUAACCGAGACGUACCUCGGCGAGUGGAAGAACGACAAGAGGACAGGCUUCGGUAUAUCGGAGCGUAGCGAUGGCCUGCGAUACGAGGGUGAAUGGUUCAAUAAUCGAAAGUACGGAUACGGUGUGACAACGUUCCGCGAUGGCACCAAGGAAGAGGGCAAGUACAAGAACAACGUGUUGAUCACCAGCCAGAAGAAGAAGCAUCUGUUCCUUAUCAGAUCGGCCAAGUUCCGUGAGAGGAUAGAGGCUGCGGUGAAUGCGGCUCAAAGGGCGAGCAAGAUCGCUCUUCAGAAGGCGGAUAUAGCGAUCUCGAGAACAGCCACUGCGCGAGGAAGAGCCGAGUUAGCGGAUGCAGCUGCCGAGCAAGCGAGAGAAGAUUCGGAACUGGCUCAGCAGACGGCGAAGCAAUUUGCGCCGGACUUCCGACAACCUGGACUCGAGAGAUUACGUAACAGGGAGAUACCGAAGUACGUGCCACCACCUCAGGACAGUAUUCCAGCGAAGAGUAUUCUUCACAAGGGGGGCAGCGUGGAUCAACCUAGUUCUACGCCUAUGAAGAACCCGACCUCGGAAACAACGUCGGGAACAACUACGUCAGCGACAACCACGGCAAGUAACGUGAUGCAGUCGAUCAGGAGAGCCAGCAUGAAGCCGCAGAGCCAAUUGUCACAAAAUCAACUGCUGAGCAAUCAAUUGCCACAAAAUCAGCUACCGCAGAAUCAGUUACCGCAGAAUCAGCUAUCGCAAAGCGAGCUAGCGAAUCAGGUGACCCCAGCUCAACUGGUGAACCAGCUACCUCUGAAUCAAUUGAACCAGACUACCUUGAGCGGUCAAAAUCUUUAUCAAACGCAGUACCCUCAGUCGAUGGCUCAGAAUCCUAUUCAACAGUAUCCUAACAGUAUACCGAAUCAGUAUCAGCCAAUGAGUCAGUUCCAGGGAGGGCAAUACGCUCCACAGAAUCAGUACCCUGUUCAAGGUAGUCCCUAUAAUCAGCCUCAAUACCAACCUAUGAAUCCACCUCAGGGCGAUCAGUAUUUGUACCAACAACAACAGCAGCAAGUUGGACCACACGGGUAUCAGAAUAUGCAAGGUUAUCCUAGUCAGCAGGUAAUAACACAUUAAGUAGAUUACUAGAUCUUCUUUUCGAUUAAACUGUGUAGGUUAUAUAAUUUUGUGCAUAUAUAUCAAUCCUGUUCAAUUUCUUUUUAGACGUUACCGAAUCAAUAUGGGCUAAGUCAAAUGAAUCAAUACAACUCCCAGCAAAUAUAUGGGGAACAGCAACAGCAGCAAUUACCACCCCAAUCACAAACCCAAAUUCCACAACAAUACGAACCUGAUGGCGACCCAAAACGACCACCGAGUUCUACGAGUAUACGAAGAAACAGCAGGGUUUUAUCCCCCCAGGAUCGACCCAAUACCAUUGGGCAAACGCUAAACGACAGGCUAGAUCAUUAUAAGAGGCCGCCCAGUCGUGAUAGUUCCGUAGAUCGAUACGCUAGAGCGCAUUCCCGAUUGACUGGAUCGAGACAGCCGUCCGUCGAUAAAUCCGUCACGAAUCCAUCCCUAGACAUGCUCGACAGAUCUAUGAGAGCACCGAGCGCGAUUCGAUCGGGCACACCAUUAAACGGAUCCGUGGUGGGAAGCGGUGCCGCAACACCGACGUACGCUGCCUCGACUUCCGGUCAAUUCGAGGGCGCCCUCCUGAAGAAUCGUAACCUUGGACAAGAUAUUCUGCCGAGUCCAGGACAGCCUAAGCGUACAGAAAGCCUCUACGUAGCUCCCGGACGCGGUUCGACCGCAUCCGGUGGCGGAGGCGGUGGCGGAGGCGGCAUGUCGAAGGACGCAGGCCGGACGGUCCCCGCCUUCGCCGCAACGUCGAAGGGCCGCGCAACCCUAUGAGUAUAAGUAUUAUAAAUAAAAUAUGUACACACACACACACUGCGAUGGAACCAAACGCGAGCCGCGUCGCGUUUUAUAACGAAUGAGUCGAGACCAGUUUAAAGAGGGGCGGCGUUCGUGACUAGACCCUGGAUUCCUGACGAGAACAAGCGAGAAGGGGCUGCUCGAGGGCAAAAAAGGGAGGUGGUUCUGCCUCCUCCGAUUCUAUCGGGGAGAAAGUGUGGCCUGCGACAACUGAUUAUGUAACGAAAAAUUAAUUUAAGGGUUAAGAUCAAGAUAUACCGAUGGAUCGUUUUUACGAUUACCCUUACACGGUCCACGAAUAAUUCAUAGCCUGUAUGUUGUUCAGUGUGAUACUGUGUUUAGUGUUCGUUAUAGAAUGUAAUGUUAUCCGUAGGGCGUAUAACACGUUGUGUUCUAACUUAUGGCCACGUAACAACAGCUAGUGUGAUUUAAAUGCAUGCUUCUUCACGGAAAGACGAAGCUAAUAUCAAGGGCAAAGAACUUUGCAGAAUCUUUGCUUAAGAAUCUAGGGUCUAUUCACGACAAGAACCGCGCGCAACCAACAGUUUCUCGAGCUUCAACAAUGCAACAACGUUUAAAUACAUUCCAACCUCCAUCGACCAAUAAUUAUUACUACCCAAGUACGUUCCAAAAUAUAAUACGUUCCAAAAUGCGUGUUUCACGCGAUUGCUCGUUGUUGGACGAAUAAUCGUUGAAUUUUGUUAACGUGGUCUAGAGGAGAAUGGCCUAGCCGCUUCUCUAAACUCUAAGGCUUUCGCUCAGUCGUAUCGCCAACGUUUUGAUCGAUCAAACACAUUCGCUGGAUGUUUGAACGGACUCGACUCGUUUGGUGCACGUGGUAUUAUACAUGGUUUAGCGAACGGGUAUCUUACAGUUUACACGGGCAUCCUGAGCGACGUGUUAACGGGAACAGAGACCGGAACCGUUGUUUGGUAUGCGUCGAAAAAGAAAAUAUUUUCAGACCGACCAUUUAGUCUCAACGAUCGCGUGUGUGCCAGACAGGGGCAUUAGGGUAAGGUUAUAGCAAGAACGAUUCUGGAUGUUCUCCUUUGAACGAUAAAAUACUGUUAGGGGAUAACAUAUAAUCGGGAAGUAUCCUUAUGCAACGAGGAUCGUUAUGAAACAUAAAAAAGGUCGACACAGAAAAACGUUGAUGUAAGAAAUUACAAAUAUAAAAAUAAUACACCGUCGGUUUGUUCUACCGAAUAACUCGAAGUAAACAAUCUAUCAUGAAAACAAAGUUGUCGUGAGUCACUGAGGACUACGCCAUGGGUUGAACAUAUUUCUUUGUCAUAAAAGACCUUGGUGCAAAUUGAAAGGUGUUUGUUGUACAAAAAUUCUAUUUGUAUGACUUCUUUCGCGCAUAAGUCAUCACCGUGCUAUAUGGUCGCUCUUCGUAGCCUUACCCUAACACUGGCAAAUCUUGAAAUUCUCAAGGUGUGAAUUAGCAAAGAACUCGUACCUGGUCGUAGAUUGUUACUAGCUAUUAUGUAGGUAAUUCGCAUCCGUGAUUGACAGCCACUUAACCCUUUCAACCUCUGGUACAUAACAAUUUCUUUUCUUUCGUUUUUUUAUGGUCUCGGUUAAAGGAUGUAAGAUUUGUGAGAGGUGAAAAGAAGUUCAAAAGCUGGACGCACAGAUAAAAAGGUUCCUUCUUGGAUUCGGUGUAAAAUAGUAUUAUCGAGGCUGAAAGGGUUAAAUCGAAUUUGGGCAUUGAACGAAGCGGACAACGUUCUUUCCGCCUUCUCGUCAGAGACAGAGUUAUUUUUCUAUGAGAAGCAUAAUAGAUGUAGUAGAAUGGAUGAACGAAUAUUUGCGAAAGUUCUGUCAGGUGAUGCAGACGACCUGUGCUCGAUUUGUCGAUAUUGCGAUUCGUUCGACUACAUAGCUUGUACGGGAGAGCAACAAGAUGAUGAAAAUUUGUCGAAAGUCGAGAUGCUUAGUAGACUGUUCGUUCCGACGUGGAAAUUCUAGCGGAAAAAAAAAAGAAAAGAAAAAUGCAAUAUCGAACAAUGGUACAGAGGUACAGACCCGGAUGCAAAGAUAUUUACGCCGUUAACGUUUCCAAAAAGGAAAACAGGAAAAAGACUCGUUUUAAUUCUACACACUUUCGUUCGAGUGAUCGAACGAAAGCCAAACUACUCGACCGAUAAUUCAAAACACAACCGUUUAAUUAAUUCUCUUCUUCUUUUUUUUCUUUCAAUCUAUUUCAAUCGCCUUUCCUUUUUGUUUUUUCUCAUUAAAUCCAAACAUCGAAUACUUCUCCACUGAAUGAUCGAUUGAUCGCGAUUGAAUGUCGAACGAUCGAAAACAGAGCAUGCACUUACACACGCACGCAAAUGAUUUCAACUCAUUCAACAUGGUGUUACGUCCAUUAAAUAAGCAAAGUAACGUGUAUGAUGUUACGUCCAUUAAUUAAGCAAUUCAAGGAAUUCGAAAGGUAAGGUUCGCGCGGUGUGGAGGCGGGGACCGGUUUUUUUACAAUUCUUUCUACUUGACCGUGCGUUUCUUUUCCUUUUAACAAGCUUCGUACCCCUUUCUCGAUUCCUCUCUGUCUCAACAAGACCCUAUGUACUUCCUGCCUCGAAUUCUACGAUCUCGUCUCUCAUCCGUCAUUGUCGGAUGUUAAUUGUAUUGUCUCGAAUGCAUUCCCCGACCCUUACCGACGAAGGUUACAGUCCCCCUUGUUCCACGUUUCACGUUUACUUGGCGACGAUUACCAGAGAAAAAUCUUUUUUUACCCUCCACCUCCACGCCGCUUGUUUUCUCCUAUUUUUUGAUCAGAAACAUUAUUUUUCUAACGCAUGCUUCUAUGACGUAGCGUCACUCUGUAAAGUUUAUGAUAUAUUGUACUAGUUCUACAAGAUGGGAUAUAUAUAUACACAUAUAUAUAUAUA